GACGAAGCGCCUUACAGCCCAGGCCGCGUCGGGAGUGAGGCUGCGGCGAGCGAGGCGCUGACAGGGACCCGCGGGGGUAUCUAGCACACCGACCCCUGGACCACGCCGCCAUCGCAGCCUCCCGCCCAGUCCUCUCUUCGCUGCUUCUCCUCGCCAUGGAGGCGAGGCCGCCGCCGCCGCCGCGGGGCUUCGAGCAGCGGACCGGGCGGCGGCCCUGAGGGGAGCGACGGGCCGAGACGCCGCCGCCGCGGUGCUGAGGCGGAGCUGCCGUGCGCGUCCCCCGCGGUCCCGCCCAGCGCCGGGCUCGCUCACUCAGUAGCUCAGAUUGACCUCUGGUGAAGUAUAACUUCAUGGCAGCCAGGAAGCAAUGAGUGGAGUGACAGAGUCAGAGACAGGGACAGCGUAUCUGCCCCAGUGGUCUGUCUUUCCUGUGUUCCAGCAGGAGCCCUAGCCUGCCAGAUGGACCCGUGCACCUCUGCGGUCAGCAUGGAUUCCUGGUUCAUUCUUGUUCUGUUUGGCAGUAGUCUAAUACACGUCGGUGCCAACAAUGCUACUACAGUUUCACCUUCUUUAGAAAUUACAAGAUUAAUUAAAACAUCAACAACAGAAUCAAUUAAGGAGGAGAAUAAAACUUCAAAUCCAACCUCUUCAGUAAUUUCUCUUUCUGUGGCACCAACAUUCAGCCCCAAUCUAACUCUGGAACCCACCUAUGUAACUACUGUCAAUUCUUCACACUCUGACAAUGGGACCAAGAGAGCAGCAAGCACGGAUUCUGGAGGCACUACUGUCUCACCCAAUGGAACAUGGCUUGAUAAUGUAUUUACGGAUUCCAGGACAGAACCCUGGGAGGGGAAUUCCAGCACGGCAGCAACCACUCCAGAGACCUUCCCUCCUUCAGGUAAUUCUGACUCAAAAGACAGGAGAGAUGAGACACCAAUUAUUGCAGUGAUGGUGGCCCUGUCCUCUCUGCUAGUAAUCGUUUUUAUUAUCAUAGUUCUGUACAUGUUAAGGUUUAAGAAAUACAAGCAAGCUGGAAGCCAUUCCAAUUCUUUCCGACUGUCAAAUGGCCGCACAGAGGAUGUGGAGCCCCAGAGUGUACCACUUCUGGCCAGGUCCCCAAGCACCAACAGGAAGUACCCACCACUGCCUGUGGACAAGCUGGAAGAGGAGAUUAACCGAAGAAUGGCUGAUGACAAUAAGCUCUUCAGAGAGGAAUUCAACGCUCUCCCUGCUUGUCCUAUCCAGGCCACCUGUGAGGCAGCCUCCAAGGAGGAAAACAAGGAAAAAAAUCGAUACGUAAACAUCCUGCCUUAUGACCACUCUAGAGUACACCUGACAGCAGUUGAAGGAGUUCCAGAUUCUGAUUACAUCAAUGCUUCAUUCAUUAAUGGCUACCAAGAAAAGAACAAAUUCAUUGCUGCACAAGGACCAAAAGAAGAAACGGUGAAUGAUUUCUGGAGAAUGAUCUGGGAACAAAACACAGCUACCAUCGUUAUGGUGACCAACCUGAAGGAGAGAAAGGAGUGUAAAUGUGCCCAAUACUGGCCAGACCAAGGCUGCUGGACCUAUGGGAAUGUCCGUGUGUCUGUUGAGGACGUGACUGUGCUUGUGGACUACACAGUACGGAAAUUCUGCAUUCAGCAGGUGGGCGACGUGACCAACAGAAAACCACAGCGCCUCAUCACUCAGUUCCAUUUUACCAGCUGGCCAGACUUUGGGGUGCCUUUCACCCCAAUUGGCAUGCUCAAGUUCCUCAAGAAGGUGAAAGCCUGUAACCCUCAGUAUGCAGGGGCUAUCGUGGUCCACUGCAGUGCAGGUGUAGGGCGCACUGGUACAUUUGUUGUCAUCGAUGCCAUGCUGGACAUGAUGCAUUCAGAGCGGAAAGUGGAUGUCUAUGGUUUUGUGAGCCGGAUCCGGGCCCAGCGCUGCCAGAUGGUACAGACAGACAUGCAAUACGUCUUCAUAUACCAGGCCCUUCUGGAGCAUUAUCUGUAUGGGGAUACAGAACUGGAAGUGACUUCUCUGGACACCCACCUGCAAAAAAUUUAUAACAAGAUCCCAGGAACUAGCAACAAUGGAUUAGAAGAGGAGUUUAAGAAGUUAACUUCAAUCAAAAUCCAGAAUGACAAGAUGCGCACGGGAAACCUUCCAGCCAACAUGAAGAAGAACCGGGUUUUACAGAUCAUUCCAUAUGAAUUUAACAGAGUAAUCAUUCCAGUCAAACGCGGUGAAGAGAACACAGACUAUGUGAACGCAUCCUUCAUCGAUGGCUACCGGCAGAAAGACUCCUACAUUGCCAGCCAGGGCCCUCUUCUUCACACAAUUGAGGACUUCUGGCGAAUGAUCUGGGAAUGGAAGUCCUGCUCCAUCGUAAUGCUAACAGAACUGGAAGAGAGAGGCCAGGAGAAGUGUGCCCAGUACUGGCCAUCUGAUGGCCUGGUAUCCUAUGGAGACAUCACAGUUGAGCUGAAGAAGGAGGAGGAAUGUGAGAGCUACACUGUCCGAGACCUCCUAGUCACCAACACCAGGGAGAACAAGAGUCGACAGAUCCGACAGUUCCACUUCCAUGGCUGGCCUGAGGUGGGCAUCCCCAGUGACGGGAAGGGCAUGAUCAACAUCAUCGCAGCCGUGCAGAAGCAGCAGCAGCAGUCCGGGAACCAUCCCAUCACCGUGCACUGCAGCGCCGGGGCAGGACGGACAGGGACCUUUUGUGCCUUGAGCACAGUCCUGGAGCGUGUGAAAGCUGAAGGAAUUUUGGAUGUCUUCCAAACUGUCAAGAGCCUGCGGCUACAGAGGCCACACAUGGUCCAGACACUGGAACAGUAUGAAUUCUGCUACAAGGUGGUGCAAGAGUACAUCGAUGCCUUCUCAGACUAUGCCAACUUCAAGUAACAGAUGCCACUGGAUUUGACACCAGAGGAAAUGGCGCUCCUGGUCAUUAAAUCAUAGAGUCGUCCUGCAACGACCCAGCGACACCUCCCCCAUAAUUUACCCCAACAAUGCUAUCUAUUCCUGUCCUUGCCGCCUGUGCAUGGGAGGGUCAGCAGCUGGAAAUACUUCUGUCACCACUGCACACCAGUCCACAUCACCACAGGCCACUGGGACAGGGAGCAGAGAGCCUGCCCCCUCGUCCUCUAGCUGCAGCCAAUCAAAAUGUCUGCACACUGCUCAUCCAUUUUAGGCCUAAUAUCUCUGUUCUCUGCACUUACACUUAGGAAACCCCCCAAGAGAAGUGUGGGUGGGCGUGGACAUCUGAGGACUUCAGCGCUAACCAGGUUAGGGGGUGUCUAGGAAAUGUUUUGCAUCCAGAAAUGCUUUCUUGGCCCAGACUCAAAUUGUCUGAGGUGCCGGUUGGCUAGGGUGACCCUGAAAAAGAUGUGGUACACACACACCUUUGAUCCCUGCACUUGGGAGGCAGUGGCAGGUGGACCUCUGUGAACCUGAUCUACAUUGUGAGCUCCAAGCCACCAGAGUAUGUAGUGAGGCUUCUCUCAAAGACGGGGAGGGAUGGGCUAUGUGUGGAAAUGCGGGGCUCCUGGCCUUCAGAGCAGCCCUGCAGGGGCCAGUUCCAGGCUAGAGUGGUGGUAGGACCCUCAAGGGCACAGCAGUGAUCUCAUGGCUGGCACCCUCAAGGAAAGCAAGACUCCAGCUCACCGCAGGACUCCAGAAUACCUUCUGGCAUCAAAUGGGCAGUGGGUCCCCUAAGCCUGAGAGGAAGACAGUGCUAUCUGGGACUCCUCCACCAGAACUGGGCCUGGAAGUUGAGAGUAGGAUGUAGGCAGCCUUUGUGGUGAGAAAAUGUCAGCUACUGAAGCCAGCCCAGGCCACUCAUCGCCUCCCAAGUACUGUGGAUGGACAGGACCAUGGCCUGCUCUUCUCUGCAGAAUUUGGUGUUGACAGUACUUGAAGGGACUCUAGCCCACUGGAGCAUGUGGUUUUGGCUGGCUUUGUCCUUCCCCCUCCCCGUUAGAUUACAUCCCUAAAGCUAAACCAUCAAGGUCUAUUCCCUUACUAGGACACUUUCUUAUGCCAGAUUCAUUCCCAAGGAUGAGUACCAGAGUCCAGCCUUUGGUUCACAUAAUUAACAUUCCCAAUCAAAAUACACCACCAAUUCUAACACAGACCUCCGCUUUCUC